AUGGAUCCGAACAUGGCUCCUCAAACGGAACCACCACCGAAUUCUCCACCACUAGACUCGAUCGCGACUGAAACUCCGUCUCCAGUUACUGAUGCUCCCAUCGUGCCACCUUUUACUGAAUCAUUGCCGGCGCUAUCUCCAAUUUCUGCUCAGGUUCCGCUUCAAACUGUCUUCACGGUCGCAGAAACGUCAACCCAUUCAACACCUAUCAGUGACAAUUUAGGAUUCGCAGAUCAUUUACAUCAACUAUAUCAUAGCGGAGAUGUAGCUUCUGGACCGUCAAGUAUUCUGACGUUACAAGAAUCAACAUUAUCCCAGCAGUCAGGAAACAAGGGUUUCACAGUAGCGUCACCAGCGACUUCGAUUAGUGAAGCUUCUGUACAGGACGAUACGUCCAGUAAGAAUCCUUUUAGCUCAACGAUUGCUGUCAUCGCUUUCGUUGCUACUGCAUGUGUGGUGACAGGGACUGUCGUUGGCGUGGCAGUAGCUCUUCACAAGAAGCGCAGGUUGCUCGAAGAAUGCAAAAAUGACAACGGCGACAUGUCGGACGAUUCACUCGGAUCAAAUUUCGUACACGUCAGCACACCACGACAUCAGGCUUUAAUGAUGCAGUCAGUAGUGUGA